AUGGCUUCAAUUCUUGUUCCAGAAAUUCCAUCACCAGGAUUUUCUUUUGAUCUUUGCAAAAGAAAUGAACUUUUAGCUAAAAAAGGAUUUCCUGCUCCAAAAGCUCAAAAAACUGGAACUACAAUUGCAGGAAUUGUUUACAAGGAUGGAGUCAUCCUUGGAGCUGAUACAAGAGCUACUUCUGGAACGAUUGUAGCUGACAAAAACUGUUCUAAGAUUCAUUUCCUUUCUCAAAAUAUUUUUUGUUGUGGAGCUGGAACUGCUGCAGACACUGAAAAAACUACUGAAAUGAUUGCUAGUCAGUUGGAAUUGCAUCGUUUAAAUACUGGUAGAGUUCCUCGAGUAGUAACGGCCAAUCGAAUGCUGAAGCAACAUCUAUUCCGUCAUCAAGGGUACAUUGGUGCUGCUUUAGUACUGGGUGGUGUAGAUAUUGAUGGGGCUCAUCUUUAUUCUAUUUUUCCACAUGGUUCAAGCGAAAAUUACAUGUUUGUAACUAUGGGAUCUGGUUCUCUAGCAGCUAUGGCAGUUUUUGAAAGUCGAUGGAGACCUGGUUUAACUGAGGAAGAAGGGAAAGAGUUAGUGGCUGAUGCCAUUCGAGCAGGAGUUUUCAACGACUUGGGUUCUGGUUCUAAUGUUGACAUCUGUGUAAUUCGCAGUGCAGAAGUUCGUGGAGUUACAUUUGAUGCUCGCAACACUGAAUACAUUCGUCCAUAUGAUGUGGCUAAUGAAAAAGGAAAACGUGAAGGAUCUUAUCGUUAUAAACGUGGAACUACAGCGAUUCUUGAUAAAACUAUUCGACCAGUUAUUGUCGAGCAUGAAGCAGUAAGGAGAAUUGAACCAGAAUCAAUGGAUACAUCCUCGUAAUUCAUUUUAAAAAUUUCAUUUUUUUAUAUUUAAAAAUAUUGUGAAUUUAUAAUUAUAAUUACAUAAUAAACAUUACAUAAUAUUACAUCAUGAAAA